GGACAUUAGUCAGCGGCGUCAACGACACCCGGAUGACAAAUCCGCCGCGAUCUGUUCACGGCGAACGGAUUAUCGUUAUCGUUACGCACCACAUCUGACGCGGCUCUCCUUGCCAGGCGCGAGAAUCAUGAUUCUGCUUGAGAUACACAACAGGAUACUCGAGGAAACGUUAACGAACAAAAUCAAGAAUGCCUUGUCGGGGCACAAGCAAGAGUCGACAGAUGUUGUCAUAGCGGACUUUGAUGGGGUGCUAUUUCACAUUUCAAACCUUAGUGGAGACAAGUCGAAGCUUAGGAUAAGUAUCCUGCUCAAAUUUUAUAAACAAUUGCAAGAGCAUGGUGCGGACGAACUGCUCAAACGGGAGUACGGGUCUCAUCUCAUUGCGCCAGAGAGUGGCUACAAUGUAUCGGUGCUCAUAGAUUUAGAGAAAUUACCUGAGGAUUGGGAGGCGUUAGUGAGGAAAGUUGCUCUGCUGAAGAGGCACUGCUUCGCCAGCGUCUUUGAGAAGUACUUUGACUUUCAGGAGGAAUACUGCGACUCUCCAGGCAGGCCAGUGCAAAAGAGGGCUGUCAUUCAAUACCGCGACGAGGAGACGAUGUACGUGGAGGCUAAGAGCGACAGAGUCACGGUAGUGUUCAGCACAAUAUUUAAGGACGAGGACGACAUGGUGAUCGGCAAGCUGUUUCUUCAAGAAUUAAAGGAGGGCAGACGGGCGAGCCAUACCGCUCCGCAGGUGCUGUUUAAUCAUCGUGAGCCACCGUUGGAGUUGCAGGAUUCCGAGGCGGCGGUCGGAGACUGCAUCGGCUACAUCACGUUCGUGCUAUUCCCACGUCACACCAAUCGAGAGGCUCGCGACAACACUAUCGACUUGAUACACAUGUUUAGGAAUUACUUGCAUUACCACAUUAAGUGCAGUAAGGUCUACAUUCAUUCGAGAAUGCGUACAAAGACGACGGACUUUCUCAAAGUGCUGAACAGAGCGAGAUCUCAGUCCAAAAACACCGAGAAGAAGACUAUCACAGGACGGACAUUCAUCAGGAAAGAAUGAGCAGCGUGUGGCGAAGUCGAAAGUGCUAACGCUAAGGAGAGAAAUAGAGAGCGGAAGAUCAUUGUGCGAAGAUUGUGCGGAUUGCGGUCGGAAAUAUCGACCAUCUUGCGAGGGAAACUUUCCUUCGAGACAUCGUUCGGGUCGCCGUGCGCUGUCGGCGAGUGCUUCGAACCUUCGAACAAUGCCGUAUAUUUAGGAAAUAUGUAGCGUCGCAUUGAGUGAUGUUGCGAGGAAAGAGAGAAAUCGAGCAGGAGUUUUCGACUCACUCAACGCGACGGUCAAUUCUAUCCGGCGAGAGGACAUUCGAGGAUGUCCAAGUCACACCUGUCUGUCUGUGUGUGUGUGUACCGAUAGUUGACAGUCACUCUGCUAACGUUACGGCGAUCUUAAAACAGUGAUCUAGGAUUCAAUUCAAAUAUAGCACCGCUGAAACUCGGAUUCGGCUGCUCGUAUUACGUCGGUUGUUACUUGAACGAUUUAUCAUGCGUUAUGCCAACACUCUGAACUGCAUCCGACGCUCCGAGCGAGUACAUUGACAUACAGAUUAGUUGUAAUGAUGCCCUCAAAGUGAAAUCACGUGAAACGACCAUGAACGUGAAGAUACACGUUCGACUUGUUUGACGGUUCAAACGAACGAUAUUUGAACUGUCAAGCAAACGUGCACGUCGGUGAUUUCACGUCGUCACGUUGCGAAAUUUCAUGGGGGCAACAUUAUCCAGACCGUCGGAACAGUAAUGCCGUUACUACUAAAAUAAUUAAGAUUCAAUAUAUGGAAAAGGUAACGAUUAAACUAAUCUCUUUAUUCCGCAUCGCGACUUCAAACUCGGUCGAACAGAUCGUCGGAACAAACAGACAUUGUUAAAUAGCAUGAUUGUUUCCCUUUUCGAUACUUUUAUUGUCUAAUUAACGACUAUACAUUCGAUUAUUGUGAGAGAGAGAGAGAGAGAGAGAGAUAAUAAAACGACAUUAACAGUC